AUGGCGUACAUAGAAGGCGCAGAUGCCCAAUUAGUGAUUGACAAGUACAUGGCAAAGAAAGAAGUGUCCACCGACUUCUAUUUUGCCCACGAUGUUGAUGAGCUUGACCAACUAUGUCGAAUAUUUUGGGCAGACCCACAAGCUCGACACAAUUUCAAACUAUUCGGCGAUGUUUUGUCCUUCGACGCCACAUACAGUACAAACAGGUACAAGCUGGUGUUCGUGCCAUUCACCGGGAUGGAUCACCACAAAAAGAGUGUGACAUUUGCAGUCAGAUUAAUUGCCAAAGAAGAUUUGGACUCCUACACCUGGCUGCUCGAACACUUCAAAACGGCAAUGGGUAGAGUACCCACGUGCACAGUUACCGACCAAGAUCCAGCGAUGAGAGUGGCAAUAUCGCGUGUUUUUGAUACAACACGCCACAGAUACUGCAUGUGGCACAUCAUGACAAAGGUCGGAAUCGGAGAACAACGUCUUCAACAGCUGCACUUCCCCACAUCUAGUUUAACGGACUUCUUCAUAAAGUUUGAGAAAGCAAUAAACAAACAACGCCACACCCAAACAAGGCUAAACGCAGAUUGUGAGGACAAAUUCCCAGAGUUGAAGACAACUUUAUUGCUAGAGCGUCAAGCUGCUACAACAUAUACAAUCGCUAUGUUCUAUGAUGUCCAAAAAGAGAUACUUGAAGCAUGCUUCUCAUCCCAAAUCAUUAACAAAACAGUUGAAGGAAACACUGUCAGACUUGAAAUAGAGGAUACAAACAAGAUGAUGCACUCAGUGGAAUACAAUUCUUCCACCCGGGCAACACACUGCACAUGCAACAUGUUCAAUAGGAUUGGGCUACAGUGUAGGCAUCUGUUGUUGGCGUUUAAGGAUGCACGUUUAGAAAGAAUACCAGGACAAUAUAUCACUCCACGAUGGACUCGCACUACAUGUUGGCCAUACGCACAGCUUUAUGCAAACCCCGAACAAGGCGGGCCUACAGAAGUUUUAAGUGGGGGUACGCGAAUGGGUACCGUAUUCGAUGAGUUCUUCAAGUGUGUUGGGAACGCGUACGGUAACACUGAUCGCCGCAAAUGGAAACUAGAGCAAAGAAAACUGGUAUGA